AUGCCUGAACCAGAGUUCUUCCCCGUCAUCUGCACUGUAGACAUCCCCACUCCUGUUGUGGAAAAGUUUCUCAAGGAUGCGUACACUGGCAGCGAGCAGCUGGUCCCAGGCACCUCUCCGAGCCUCGUGAUCCUUACCACCAGCAAUACCAGCGAUAAAGGCAGCGACGCUCUUACCUCGAGCGCAUCACAACCACCCGUACAGUCAUUCACCUCACCGUUCCUUGGUCAGUCUGUUGAAGAUGCUGCUCGACACCCUGUGCUUCAAAAUGCUAGCUUCUUCGCUGUCCUGGACGAGCACUCCGCUCGUGACAGCACAGCGCUGCUAGCGGCUCGCGACCCGAAUGGCAGCGUGGACACAGUUCGUGUCGCUUUCUCAGCAGUCCAGAGGACGCUCAUCUCGCUCGAUAUAGGUUCCAUCGGGUUUGCCGAGAUUCAAAGCAUCGCCGAUACCCAGGGUAAUGGUGGGGUCUAUGGGUCGUCAGUUUCUACGCAGCGCCCACAGAAGGGCGGUCCGGCUCCUCGAAAGAAGCUGGGUGCCUGA